AUCGCAUCGGGUUUCCUGACGAAAAGUGCAGAACGUCCCUUUUCGCGCUGCGAAUAUGUGUUGGUUAAAAUAUGUGAUCCUCGCGACGUUUGGAUGGAUUCUUACGUCGUCCGGAAAUAUUAUCCGGAAUGAGGAUAUCUGCGGGCCACACAAUGGUAGACGGUUAUAUCUGGAGUUGGGCGAAAGGGGCAUUCUGUAUGCAAAAAACGUCACCUUCGUCAGGAGCUGGACGGAACAGCAACUGCCACCGCGUCCUUACACCACUUCCAUCACCAGCACCACCAACAGUUCUCAUUAUCAAUGCAGUCUCGAGCUGGUGACCUGUCCGUCCUGCGUGGUAGUCGUGGUCUUCAAGAAUAUCGCUCUGUCGCAUCACUGCGGCGACGGGGGUGUUGUGAUGGACAGUCCGUGCAGAUGCGACUACGUGUGGCUGUCGGAACCACCUUACGAGGACGUUUCCGGUUCUCCGUUCUGCGGCACGUACGCACCCAUCACGUACAGAUCGAGCACGAGAACCUUGUCCAUAAAUUUAUUUUACAGCCAAUUUCACAAGCACGCGUUCACGAUCGAGUACACAGCGGAAAGAAACAGAAUGCAUUUGAAAGGCACGGAAAUGACAUCAAAAGUGCCGACAAAAGAGUUAAACGGUACCGGCGGGGGAAUCUUGACCUCGCCGUUCUUCCCCGCUCGAUAUCCUCGUGAUUUGGGUCUGGAAUACAUCAUAACGUGCCCGAAGGAAGCCCCUUGUCGCAUCAGAUUGUUAUUUAGCGACUUUCAAUUAGCGACGGUUUCCAUAAUGGAGUUUUACGAUUGGAACGGACAACGUUUGGAUGUGAGCAGCGGCGCGCGAUUUCGACCACCUGUAAUAGUAAGUUCCGGACCGUCGUUGUUGAUAAGAUUCUACGCGAACGGUGGCAGCGGUCUGGGCUACAAGGCUUUUUACUCCUUCGUGAUCGGCCACACGUACGACAAAUCUGUAUGGCCGGUUACUGAUUGCGGCGGAUACGUGGAAAAUCUGGGCGGCACCAUCACGAUGAUGAACAUGGUCGAUCACGGAGUGAAAACUUACGAUUGCGUCUGGCUGAUCAGACCACCAAAAAAUUUCUUGCACAUGAAGACACACAUGUAUUUGAAGGUAGUUGGUUUCGCCGACAUGGCCGGUAAUACGGAACUCAUUAUCAAGCAAGGUCCGACCUCGGCGUUAAUGUCGCUGGAGGUAAUUCGGCACCCGGCGAGUCAGUUGCAGCCGCUCAGACACAGGGAACAUAUCGCGCCUGUCACCAGCGGAUUCCACGUUAGUUUUCGCGGUACAUUCGGUCCGAGUUCGUAUCUGGCGAUCGCUUACGGGGCCUUCAGUUACAGAGAUUGCUUUGCGGGCACUGAUUUUCUGUGUCAGAAUCACAGAUGCAUACCGACUCAGUUGAAUUGCGACGGUUUCGAUCAUUGCGGCGAUAACAGCGACGAGCCGGCGACGUGUUUCCAAGAUUGGGAGAUGGAGCCGCACGAUCGCAAAUGGCACAUGAACAAAGCGAAUUACUACUUUCCCAAGAUCGAUCGAUAUCCCGAUCUGAAAACUGCCACUUUGGUGUUUGUUGCCAGCAGCCUCGGUCUGAUUAUUCUAAUAUCGGCUCUUAUUAUACUGUUGUACAGAAUAGGAGCCAGAGCGAGACAACAAAGGGAACUGCAAUCUCGUCUGGAAACAAUCAGCGAGCUUCUAGUGUUCGAUAUUACAGACGGCGCGCGAAUCGAUGAAAUAUCUAUCCCGCCGGAUGAUCCGCCCGGUUACGAAGCUCCGCCUGGCUACGAAGAGGUCGCAAAGCUCGCUUUGCCAAAGAAACCACGAUGCUUGAAUCGCGACUCCUGCGGUAGAAGCUCCCGGCGACGACAGCGCGACGAGGACGAGAAUUCUUCGACUUACUUCGUGGUCGAGGGCGCGAACAACAAUUGUAGCAGCCAAACGACGCCAUUAGUCCCGAGCACGUCUCGUGUACCCGAGAGUCCACCACCGCCAUAUGUUACGCCUCCGGGAACCAUAUUGCGAAAUCUUAAUCUAGCUGGUUUAUCGGCAUCGAUGAGACAGAUCUGUCCUGUUCGUCAUAGUUGGCUUCGAUGCAGCUCGCAUUAUCCCCAACAGUCUUUGUCCAACAACGAUCAUCCAUUCGUCGCGGGAUCGUCCACGAACACCGAAGCUCUGGGUACAUACAAUACGGAUUGCGCUAAUUCGAAUGCAACUUGGAUAUCUGACAGUUCUCCGAAAGAUAUGCAGAUCGUUCGAGAAGCGAUCCAAGCAUGUGCUAGAGAAAUGUUGGAAGAAACAAGCCAACACGCGCAACGUGUUUCAACAGAAAAUUAUGACGAGGCGGCCGAUAGAGCUAAUAAAUCGGACGAAAAAAAUUCUGUCUGUUCCUGUGAGGGAGCGUGCGGAUGCGCCAUCAACACUUCCAACGUGGAAGAUGUUUCGAUUGGCGGUCCGGAAACUUCCGAAACCUCUGCAUCAUCUUCAAGCGUCAAUAAUCGCGAGGCAACACCGAAACUUGAACCGGAACAAACAGCGAACAUCAUCACGGAUAAAACCGACGAGUACCAAGAGCAGGAUUCCUCUACGGCGAGAACCGUUAUUCUUAAACUCUUGAGUUCCAAAAUGAAACCAUCUUAUCACAGCGCUGAUUCGACAGCGAUGUCGUCGCCCUGCGACACUAUGCGUCGCUCUUCGAGAAACUUCUCACACGACAGCUGCACCACCAGAAUCUCGACGAUCAGCACGUGCAACAGCUACGAAAAACUGCAAGACGAAUUUGAGAUCGUGUCAGAUGUGGCCAGUAGCGUCGGAUGUGCAACGAAUCCCAGCACGAUAGCAAACACGCCGAGUAACACACCGAAGAACGUAAUCGGUCGGCGAAGACCGUGCAACGAUCAGCAAUAUCCCACUUGCGACUUGGACAGUCUCUACGAGGGCAUCAAAAUUCUUGACACUUACCUGGCGCGCAGAAGUAUCAACGUCGACCACAAACGGCGAUCAGUCACCGUGAUGCUAUUCGGUACCCCGGAGCACGGCUUGACGCGCGAUCGAUUGUCGCAUCCACCAACUAGAAGAAGGCGCUUGCAUGCUCGUAUCUGGCAUUCCAGCGAAGAUGCCCUCAACAUUGCUCGAGAUCAGUCUAUUUAAUUUUGGUCUUUGAUAUUGAACUUAACCGAUGACAAGCAGGUAAUUGAGCAUGAACAAUUGUAAUAGUGUAUUUUGCGAUAAAAAUAACAAUCGGAAAAAUUACAUAUGUGAAUAUAUUAAAAAAUAUAUUUAUUAAAUAUUAAUU